AUGGAGUCCGUUCAUCAUGUCUCGGCCUCAUCAAAGACGCUCUUCAGCAAGGUGCGCAAGAUUGUACCUCCAAUGCUUGAAAAGUUCCACAAAGGUUUGUUGAUCAGCUACACCGGAGCUCCAUACUUUUCAGCCAUGGCCUCCGCAAGACUUGGUGCGUCCCCUAACAAGGCCCAUGCUCUCCGAAAUAUAUUGACUCUCGAGUUGCAGGAUGCGAUAUGGUAUGUGCGAAAGAUGGCAUACCUUCUGCAAACGACUAACAACCACCAGAGCCACGUACUCUGCGAACGAUCCGCAGCGCCGGUUAUCAAGAGCUACUCUCCAAAUUUGAUGGUACAUCCAUUGCUUCCAAGCAUCGACACUGUCAAGGAUCCCAAUUCAAUUGAUGUACCAUCACUGGCGGGUCCGAUCAUCGCGAUGCUAUCUCGCCUCCAUGCACUUGUGAUCGGGCCUGGUCUCGGCCGCGACGAGGUGACGCUGAAGGUGGUCGCAGAGGUGAUGAGAGAGGCGCGGUCACGAUCGAUCCCAUUUGUGCUAGACGCAGACGGAUUGCUGAUCGUGACGCAAGACCCGAACCUGGUCAAAGGCUACAAUGAGUGUAUCCUGACGCCAAAUGUGGUAGAGUUUGGCCGUCUAGCCAAAAAGAUGGGCAUCAAGGUCGCCAGCCAAGCGGAGAUCGCGCAAGGCGGAAACGGCAACAUCACCAGCAAAGCAUCGGAUGCCUGUGAGCAGCUAUCUCAGGCCCUCGGCGGCGUGACAAUUAUCCAAAAGGGUCCUCAAGAUGUGAUUUCCAACGGAGUUACCAGUAUCAUCUCUGAUAGCGAGGGUGGCUUGAAGCGUAGCGGCGGUCAAGGAGACACUCUGACCGGAUCAUUGGGCACAUUCCUUGCUUGGCGAGCAGCUUACCAUGAGAAGAUGUGGGACUCUGCCGAGCAGGACAACGAGAAGGAGGCACAGAGCAAGGAAGACGUUCAGACAGAGCUCGAUUCUGAGAACAAGCGCAUGUCCCCGCCAACUACUCUGCUAUUGGUGGCUUGGGCGUCAAGUAGCAUUACACGAGAGUGCUCGCGACGAGCCUUUGCGGAAAAGGGGCGGAGCAUGCAGGCCAGUGAUUUGACCGAAGAGGUCCACGGGGCGUUUUUGAGGCUGAUUGGGGAGCCAGAGGGAUCUAAGACGCACCUCUAG